CCGGCCGGAAAUUCGUCACGUGACGAUGGUGCGCGCAUUGGCGGGUCACGUGUUGGGGGUCAAGAUGGCGAACUCGGAGAUGUGUGUCAGAAGCAGCAGGGAGUUGUGGACCAUUUUACUCGGGAGGUCAGCCCUGAGAGAACCGGCCCAAAUUGAAGCUGAACUGGACAGGAAUUGGGAGCGAUUACUUUUGGGUUUGUGUUACUACAAACCACCCAGCUCAUCCUCUGCUGAGAAACUGAAGUCAGAUAAAGACAUCGCUCAGCCACUGAAAGACUUUGGCUUCAGAAUCAGUAAACUGCUGGGUCUGGAUGAACAGCAGAGUGUACAGAUACUACAGUGUUACUUGCAGGAGGACUACAGAGGGACGCGCAAUGCCUUGAAGAAUGUCCUUCAGGAAGAAAGGCAGAGUCAAGCUCUACUCCUCAAAAUAGCCGAUUACUACUACGAGGAACGGGUCUGUCUGCUUCGCUGUGUCCUGCUACUUCUGACAUACUUCCAGGAUGAAAGACACCCCUACAGGGCAGAGUACGCAAAUUGUGUCAGCAAGCUGGAGAAAGAUCUAGUUUCAAACUACCAGCAGCAGUUUGAGAAGCUCUUCAAAGCAGAGGCACCAACAUGGGAGACUCAUGGAAAUCUCAUGACGGAGAGACAGGUGUCACGAUGGUUCCUGCAAUGUCUCCGGGAGCAGUCUCUCCUCUUGGAAAUCCUCUUCCUGUACUAUGCCUACUUUGAGAUGCCACCUGCCGAUCUGCUCACUUUCACCAAGAUCUUCAAGGAGCAGGGUUUUGGUCAAAGGCAGACAAACCGGCACUUGGUGGACAAGAGCAUGGAUGCCCUUGUUGACCGCAUUGGAUAUUUCAGUUCUCUUAUACUUGUGGAGGGGAUGGAUAUUGAUUUCCUGCACAAAUGUGCCUUGGAGGAUCGGCCAGAACAGCAUCAGUUCUUCAGCACUCCUGAAAUCUGCAAAGAGAUGGACCAGAUAUUGCUGACUUUUGGAGACCUCCCCCACCAUGCCCCAGUUUUGCUGGCUUGGGUCUUGUUGCGGCACACACUGAACCCAGAUGAGGCCAGCCUGGUGAUUCGGCGAAUUGGAAACACCUCUCUGCAGCUGGGUGUGUUUCAGUACCUGACCAACAUGCUCCAGGCAAUGGGCAGCAGUGGAAACAAUUGCACUGCCAGCACAGCCCGAAUGUGUAUCUACGGCCUCAUUUCGUUUGUUAUUACUUCAUUUGAGGAGGAAACUCUUGGAAUCCAGCAGCACAUGAUCAAUGUUGCAUGUGAGGUCCUUGCUGCCCCCAGCCUAGCAGAGCUGUUCUGGGAGACGAAGCCAGAAAUGGGGCUUGGAAUGAUUCUGGACAGUGCAGUGGGAAUAUUUCCUCAGAAGAUCGGCCCACUCCUUCAGCUGCUGACAGCCCUCCUGUCGGACAAGUCCACUGCCAAGAAGGUGUACAGCUUUUUGGACAAGAUGUCUUUCUAUACUGAAGUCUACAAGCAUAAGCCCAAUGAUAUUGUGUCAAGAGAGGAUGAGACACUGUGGAGGAGACAGUUGCCUAAACUCCUUUAUCCUCUUGGUCUUGGUCAGACCAACCUCCGUAUGCCACAAGGCUGUCUUGGCCAGGUGAUUUUGAGUGAUCAGGGCUAUAUAGUCCGCUGGGACUACUCCUACAGCUCCUGGACACUGUUCACCUGUGAGAUCGAGAUGCUGCUGCAUGUGGUGUCAACUGCAGAUGUUAUUCUGCACUGUGAGCGAGUCAAGCCCAUCCUUGACCUGGUGCACAAGGUCAUCAGCACUGAUUGGACCGUGUCGGACUGCCUGUUGCCCAUCACAUCCCGUAUAUACAUGUUGCUGCAGAGGUUGACAUCAGUGAUAAACCCUCCCACUGAAGUGAUUGCAUCCUGUGUGAACUGUCUGACUGUUCUGGCUGCAAGGAUGCCAGGGAAGGUGUGGUCCAGCUUGCACCACACUGGAUUCUUGCCUUUUGCCUCCACACCACUGACUAACAUGGCACAGUCAAUCAGUGCUGAGGGCAUGAAGGCGGGUAAUUAUGGCAACAUUCUAGUCCUGAUUGAGCAACCUCGGGGCGAGUAUGCCGUGACUGUUGCAUUCCUGCACCUGGUAACCACCCUUGUCAAGGGUCAGCUGGGAAGCACCCAAAACAAGGGUCUCAUUCCUUGUGUGUUACUGGUGCUCAAAGAGAUGCUUCCUACGUACCACAAAUGGCGCUACAAUACCUGUGGAGUGAGGGAAAGGAUAGGUUGCCUGAUUUUAGAGUUGAUUCAUGCCAUUCUCAACCUCACUCCUGAGGGAGAGUCCCAGGGCAGCACCCCCAGUCUUCAGUCCCUGUGCAUCUAUAGUCUGACCAAUACUGAUGCUGGCCAGGCAGUCGUCAACAUCAUGGGGAUUGGGGUGGACACCAUUGACGUGGUCCUGGCAGCACAGCCUAGCAGUGGUGUUUCAGAGGGUCCUGGGCAGGUCCUGAUACAGACAGUGAAGCUGGCCUUCUCUGUCACCAACAACGUGAUCCGACUGAAGCCAGCAUCAGAUGUGGUGUCCCCGCUGGAGCAGGCUCUGACACAACAUGGUGGCCACGGAAAGAACCUUAUUGCAGUUCUGGCAAAAUAUAUCUAUCACAAACACGACCCGGCGCUGCCACGCCUUGCCAUACAGUUGCUCAAAAGACUUGCAACGGUGGCCCCCAUGUCAGUAUACGCCUGCUUAGGGAACGAUGCAGCUGCCAUACGAGAUGCCUUCCUGACACGCCUACAGAGCAAGACGGAAGACAUGAGGAUCAAGGUCAUGAUCCUGGAGUUUUUAACGGUUGCUGUGGAAACACAGCCAGGCCUUAUCGAGCUAUUCCUCAACCUUGAAGUAAAGGAUGGUGCUGAAGGGUCAAAGGAGUUCCUGCUCGGUGAAUGGAGUUGCCUGCAUGUGGUGCUGGACCUGAUUGACUCCAGGCAACAGGGGAAAUACUGGUGUCCCCCACUGCUACACCGAGCUGCUCUGGCCUUCCUGCAUGCCCUGUGGCAGGACCGGCGGGACAGUGCCAUCUCAGUGCUGCGCACGAAAGACAAGUUUUGGGAAAACUUGACCACCCCACUUUUUGGAACCCUCCCAUCACCCUCAGAUACAACAGAGCCUUGUGUUCUUGAAACCUGUGCCUUUGUUAUGAAAAUAAUUGGCCUUGAAAUCUACUAUGUUGUCAGUACUUCUCUUGAGCAGUCUCUGAAAGAAACCAUGAAGAAAUUUUCUUCUGGGAAGCGCUAUGAGUACUGGUCCAACUAUGUGAAAUCACUGGUUUGCCACAUGGCCAAGACUGAGGAGGAGGGGAUGCGCUGCUUCCCUGAGUGCCAGAUGCUCAUCUCUGCAUGGAGGAUGCUCCUUAUCCUGUCAACCAGCCAUGCUGACGUGAUGCAGCUGACAGAGGAUUCCACUCAGUUGAAACUCUUCCUGGAUGUCUUGGAAGGCACCACAGCUACAUUGCAGGUGCCAACAUCCAUGCCCUGCUUGCGCAUUGGCUCCAUGAUGGCCACGCUGCUGCUCAUCUUGCUAAAACAGUGGAGAAGUGUGGUGGCGUCCGCUCCUGAUGUGCUGGCACCACUCUCUCAAAUACUUGAAAACAUCCUGCAAGCAGACCAGCAGCUGAUGGGGAGGACCAAGGCAAAGCUGUUUUCUGCGCUUAUCUCUGUCCUGCAGAUUCAGGGCCUUAAUAGUGGUGGGAUAUCCCAGCUCCCUCAGCUACUGCUGUGUGUGUGUGACACGGCACAAGAUGAAGCUCUAGCACUGAUGGACAGCACACGCCAUGUGGCUGUUACAGGGGACAUCCAUGAAGACAAGGACAGCAUGGAAACAGAUGCAGCCCCCCGCACCCUCCAUCAGGACCAGAGAGAUGGGGUGUGUGUUCUGGCCCUGCACCUGGCGAAGGAGCUGUGUCGUGUGGACGAGAACGGGGAGCACUGGUUGUUGGUGAUGCGUAGGCUGCCUGUGUUGCCGUCCAUCCUCAGCUGCUUGGAACUCAGUCUGAGGCUCAGACAGAACCUUUAUUUCACAGAGGCUGCACUGCAUCUUCUGCUCACUCUUGCUCGAACCUCACAGGGUGCCACUGUUGUAGCAGGUGCUGGUGUUAUCCAGAGCAUCUGCCUGCCAUUACUGAGUGUGUAUGAGGUCACUACAAAUGGAGCUUCUCAGAAUUUGGGCUUUUCCCGGAAGUCCCAGGACUCGCCCUCAUGGCCUGGGGUUUACCGCCUCUGCUUGUCCCUGAUGGAGAGCCUAUUGAAGACGCUUCGAUACAACUUUAUAAAUGAGGCGCUGGAUUUUGUGGGAGUCCACCAGGAGCGCAUACUUCAGUGCUUGAAUGCAGUACGGACAGUGCAGAGUUUGGCCUGUCUGGAUGAAGCAGACCACACAGUGGGCUUCCUCCUUCAGCUCUCCAGCUUCUGUAAAGAGUGGCAGUUCCACCUGCCGCAGCUGCUGAGGGACGUGCAGGUGAAUUUGUGUUACCUGUGUCAGACAUGUACCUACCUCCUGCACAGCAAGAAGAUGCUGCAUCAUUACCUUCAGACAAAGAAUGGAGAUGCAUUACCCCAAGGACCCCUCCCCCGAGCUCAGCGUGCUCCACAGACCCCCUCCAAACAGCCUGCAGGUGGAGUGGUUGGAGUCGGGGAGCGUGAUGAGGCUGAGCAGAAGGCACUGCUGGCGGUACAGUGCAGCCUGCUCAAGAUCCUGAGCAAGACGCUGGCCACCCUGCAGCACUUCACACCUGACUGUUGCCAGAUCCUGCUAGACCAGUCCCUGGACCUAGCAGAGUAUCGCACCCUGUUUGUGCUGAGCUUCACCACACCUGCUUUUGACUCUGAUGUGGCGCCUUCCUUCGGGACUCUCUUGGCCACAAUCAAUGUGGCCCUCAGCAUGCUGGGAGAGGUUGAGAAGAAGAAAGAGCCGGCCUCCCUCAACGUAGGGACUCUGGCCUCCUCUGAGGACAUUCAGGCUGUUAAGUCACUGCUCAUGUUUACCAUGGAAAACUGCUUCUAUGUACUGAUCUCCCAAGCGGUGCGCUACCUCAAGGACCCCAUGGUGCACCUGAGGGACAAACAGAGACUCAAGCAGGAGCUCAGCUCAGAGCUGAGCACACUGCUGUCCAGCUUGUCCCGCUACUUCCGCCGAGGGUCCCCAUCUUCUCCAGCCAGCAGUCUGCUCCCCUCCCCCCAGAGCAAACCCUCCACCCCAGGCACAAAAGUGGUGCAGGAAGGCCAGGAGCCCUUCAUCCAGCUGGUCCAGGCCUUUGUCCGCCACGUGCAGAGAUAGAGCUCCCACCGUUGGCUGCGUUCUCACUGUCAUCUGCUCAGGAACUCACCACUUCUGGGUAGCUUUACAAGGACAUAUUUCUAUUGCGCUUCCUGUUGGGCUUUUAAAAACUGUGUAAGAGUUGUGUUGAACCCGUGAGCAUUCACAGUAGCCUCCCAACUGUUAGAUUGCUUUUUAGGUGAAGAACUAGGAGAAAACCAAUUGUUUACAGCCAAAAAAUGUUUUGAAACCACCUCAAUGUUCAAAGUUCCACAUAAUGGAAAGAUAAUGUUUGUGCCAAAUGGUCAUUCCAAGCAUUUUUCUGUAAUUAGGACAUGGUUGGAUAUUUUUUGUUUUUAAAUAUUCUACCUGGUUUCAUUCAUUCUUCUGCUGGCUAGGGAAAGUGGUCAUUUAUGGUUGUCUCCUCCAGUACUUGAAAUGAUAAAGUAACUUGUACAUAUGUGGACCUUUUCAUAAUUUUUAUAAAGUGUCAUUUAACUUGAAACAGUCCACGACCAUUGACUGUUUUACAGUGUUAUUUGAGCCAAAGGGCUAUUGUUCAGUAUGUUUUGUGCCAGGAAUUUAAAUUCGAAAUACUCCAAAUCUGAAAGAGGUGGAAACCCAUUGAAUGUUUCACUCUCAGGGUUACUUCAUCUGUAGGCUUUCUGUUUUAGUAUGUGAGAGCAGUGUGUGUAUCCACGUGUGUGACGUACGAGGCUGUACUUAAAAUGUGCAGAUGAGUCUCUGGCUGCAGCUUUGUGAUCACCUGUAUGUGUUUUAUUUAUGGUGUGAAUCUUAAGAUUUCAAAGGGAAUGUGUAACUACCCUCCUGUUCACAGGCACUUAAAACACCUAGUUUUAUAGGUUGUGCGAUACUAUAUUUACGUGGGGGGACAGACACUUAAUAGCUCACUGAACUACAGGCAAUGUCUAAGUAUAUAAAAUGCUUCAGUUAUAAUUUUUUCCUAACAAGAUAUGUUUAUAGUACUUAGAUGAAGGCUCUGUUUUGCUUAUUUUGUUGUGCAGUGCUUGUAGCUGGGUGUGGCUAGUCAUUAUAGGUUCUUCAGUACACCACUAUAACUGUACUGUUAAUUUUGAAUACUUGGA